CGCAUGCUGGCCGUUAAUUUUUUUUUGGUCUAAAAAUAUUUGAAUACGUUAUAAAAGCGUCGCAUUCCGCUUCCGAGGUGUCUCGAAAUUGCGGCCAACUACCAAUUGGCCAUUGCACAACAUUUCAUGCUUUGCACUCCUAACACACUCCUGUGUGUUACUCACUUUUCAGCUGCCUCUAAAACCCCCAAUGUAAUCAUCCAGGACUACGACGUGCCGCCACUGGAUACCAGCUUUUACAACGCGUCCUAUGUGCUGAGCGACAGGAUACCAUCGGGUAGGUCCUUUAAAAAGCCUCACUCACCUCCUUUUUCGCCCAAGACUACGUAUUUACAGCUUCCUGCAUAUCCUUCGUCCCCGUACCACCUCUCGUUUGCACUUCCGUCGCCGGUAUCCACCCCCGGCCUGACAGACAGCGAAAGCGAGGAGACUUGUCUGGAAGCUGACAUUCCGGUUCUUACGUACCAGCUGUACCCCUGCUAUCCUGAGUACUCUUUCUUGCCACAUAGAGACCAGUCUUUCCACAUCCACCAAGCCUUCCAGAGUUUGGAAUUAAACUUGACCAACAACAUGAACUCGUCACAGUUUCUCUUACAGCCCUUUGGUUCCCCGGGGCCGGCCUCGAGGCCAGCCUUCAAGUUUAUGAUCAAGUUCCGCUACAAUAAGGCCGCUGAUAAACACAAGGAAGUUGCUGUUUCAAGCUCUUCCAUACGGAAAUGCCACAGUAAGUUUGUCAAGGUUACCUCGCCAUAUUCGGUGCUAUCACGUUUCAAUAUUGACCAAUAUCCGAAAUCAAAGAUUAUUGAGAAGCAGGUUACCCGAGGGCGCAAGGCCCCAUUGAGUCGCGUGGCCAAGACCCCAGAGGAUAUUAUGAACCGCCAACACGAAUGUAAGGUUUGUGGCGGGCGGUUUGGCCGACUGGAGCACUUAAAGAGACACUUCCGCAGCAUUCACACAGAGGAAAAGCCCUACACGUGCCAGCUUUGCCACAAGGGCUUCUCGCGCUCGGACAACUUGGUCCAGCAUGUCAAGGUCCAUGAAGAGGUGGAAAAUUCCAGUUAGCAUUGCUUUUAGGGAUAGAAAGGUUUAACGGUCAAUGAAUUAUGAGAGAAAAGCUAGUAGAGAGCAGUAUAGAUGAGUAAAGCAAAGUAAUAUCUCCUUGAGGCACCGGCUAGAAGAAGCAGAGAGGGUGUAUGCUAAAGCCUUUUUCCGGAAUGUAUACUUGGAAAUUCUAAUCCCCUAGUUAAUAUAUGUUAUG